AUGGUGUACACAAUCCCAGAAACCACAACAGAGCUCCAAGUGGGAAGCAAAAAGGAUUACACAUACAUAAUCAAUUGGAAACCAUGCCACGAAAGAGGAGGAGAGCUGGUAAUGGGGGAGGUCAAAUAUACCGAUGACCUGAUGUUGUCCACAAUCCUUUCCUUCCUGGGACCCUUUACAACCCAAUGCAUAUUUGGAGCACGAAAUGCGACUGUUCCCUCCGAAAUAAAAGACCGCCCUCAGGAAGAAAAGGAUCAGGGUGUCUUAGCCCUAGUGCUGACUUCAUUAAUGACAUUGGCGAAGCCAGUGACCCCCAUGAACUCAGCUGCCUACCAGAAACGGUGGUCCACAGCUCUUGUCACCCUUUCCAUACAAGAUUUGGUGGCCAUGGGCUCAUGGACUGGAGUAGUUAAGACAGCCACAAGGUUUCAAGGGGGCUAUAAUAGCUCAGUUAAGGAUGGUCUGUACGCCUCUCUCAAGGCAGCAGAGUUCAUGGAGAAAUUCAGCAAAACCCCUUGCCGUGCGCUUGAGAUACCUUCAGUGUUAGACCAGGCCCUCCUUCUGAAACAAAGAUGGGAAGCUGCAGAGAGAGAAGACCCAAAUUUCCCUUACAGUAGAGUAAGAAACCCAAAUGCACAUCCCGAGCUGAAUCACGCACACUUUCCCGACCUCUAUUACGCGGCGAUAGCUUAUGCCAAAGCCAAUAAGUUAAUAGGAGAAAACUUUCACGUCUCCCAGCCUAACAAAGUACAGAAUGCACUCCUGAUCGAUAGGUACAUCACCAAGAUGGCGGUGGCCGCCAUGGGUGAAAUAACCGAAGAAACACGACAAAAGUUAAUGACACUAGGAUAUCCAGUCGGACACAGGAGGUCGCACGACACCGACUCCGAAGAAGAG